CACUGUCUCUUAUCUGUGUCUACCUUAAUGAGGACUCAAAACUUUGGGAUUCUCUGCCUUUAGUGUGGAAGGGAGAGAGAGAAUGAUUGUUCUUUGAUACUUUUUCUGGAAAAACCCCCUUUCAGUCCUUUCUAAAAUCUACCUUAGUUUAGCACAAGUUUAGUCUCUCUUCAACCUUCCUCGCAUGGAUAAGUUUUAGUGGGAAGAAUUUAUUGAAAAAAUAAAUUAGAGGAAAUGAAAAACUUCGGUGUGAUUGAAAGUAAUUCGUCUGAAAGAGAUGAAAUUUUUGGGGGCAAGAUUUCUUGUUAUUGUGAGUGUUUUAGUGCAAUUGAUCAGCUGCCAGGGGAAUUCACCUUGUCCCAGAAUUUUUCGUUACAUCUACAAUGGGCAGGAGUGGCAGGGAGCUAUAGAGGUUAAUAGUCCCCCAAUUGGGGUCACAAUGAAUCUCAUUGUUGUCCUCCUCGUGCCCCAGAAGAUCCACAAUGAAAUUCUGGGAAGUCUGGAGCUGUGGAAAACAAGAGAUGAGACCCUGGAGAGGAUUAGCAAAGGACAGAAGGUGCAUUACCGCGUGAAAUUCCCCCCAAACACAUCAAUCCCCAAAGUAGCAUCAAUCACAUACAAUGGAAAUAACAUUUGUGCUCAAAAACCCAAUUAUUUCGAAGGUCUUCUCGUAACACGAAUCCGCUUGGAGCACACACUGUACACCAAACUUGCCAAAGAAAGGUUGUCCAUUGAUGAGAAAUAUGCAAAAAGUGAUCAAAUCCUUCCCGCCACAAAGAAACCCCAAAUGGGAAUCCUCCAGAAUCGUUUUGGUACCACCGAUGAUGGUACAGAAUGUGGAGCAAUUCAGGCAAAAUUCACAAUAACAAAUCUCAUGAUGUACGGAAAUGAAAUGGAAAGGGGUUCAUGGCCAUGGCUUGUGGCUCUUCAUGCCUACAAAUCCACCAAUUUAUCCUUCAUCUGUGGCGGGACUCUCAUCUCCGAGAGGAUCAUAAUUAGUGCAGCUCAUUGCUUCCACAAUCGCGAGGAACGUCUCUACCCAGCACAGGAUGUUAUUGCCUUCCUGGGAAAGCACAAUUUGCGCAAAUUGACGGAGAAAGGAGCAGUAAUUGCUGAAAUAGCAGAAAUUCACAUUCAUCCUGACUUCACACGGAACAAUGGGGGAGCCUUUGAUGCUGACAUUGCGGUGCUUGUUCUGCAGAAACCCGCGGAAUUUGGGGAUUUCAUUCAGCCAGCUUGCCUAAGGCACAGGGAGAGUCUUCCCGCGGAUCGAAUGGGCGUCAUUGUGGGCUGGGGACGUGAUGAGCACAACAACCUUCUGACCUAUGAACCACGACGCUUGGAGAUUCCCAUUGUGUCUGAAGCUGAAUGCCUGGCAGCUGGGAAAAUCUUCAGUAUAAUUACAACCCCACGAACCUUCUGCGGUGGAUGGCGCGACGGACGACGAGGACCCUGCCACGGGGAUUCAGGAAGUGGACUCCUCACGUAUGAAGACCACAAAUGGCAAUUGGCGGGAAUUAUUUCCCUGGCCGUGAAGCACCCAAUCUCUGGACUCUGUGAUCUAAGUCAGUACGUUGUUUUUACGGAUGUGUCAAAGUUUGUGGGAUGGAUUGAGCAAUUUUAGCUAAAACCUAAAAACUCCACCUUCUGGACAUUGCGGUGAUGAGUCAGAUGCACCCAGAAGACUAAUUACAUCCCAUCAUGACUGCCAAAUGGGACGCAGAAAGUCAAAAAUCUAGCAAUGUGGUUUCGCAGGUAGUGAGUUUGAGUAGCCACAAAGAGACUCGAAAAGAAAUUAAACUUUCCGAGAGAGAGAGCCGUUACCUCAUUUGGGUGUUGUGCCUCAAUUGGGAAGGAUUGUCCCAAGAAUUUUAUUUUAUUUAAUUUGUUAACGCGAGAGAUUCAAUCCCGGGAGAAGAAUAUUUGUGUAAUAAAUAAUGGAAGUUAAGCUAA